UUGAAAGGCACAGGAGGAGCCCAUCUCGGAAGGGAGCCGGAGGUUGUCUCUGCAGUUCAAGGCUGGCUGCAGCGGCUUUGACCUGGCGCUGUUCCUCUGCAGCAGCGCUGGGUUUUGCAGUGAGGCCAGCGGACGGUGCGGGCGGCCAGAGGAGGGGAGGCGUUGUUUUGCAAAGGCGUCUUCUGCGCCUGGAGAAAGAACACCCAAGGCGAGUCACUAUGGAUAAGAUCCUUGAAGCCAUCGUCAAUUCAUCAUACCCUGAUCAUGUCAAGCAAGGGCUGGUGCGGCGAGUCCUCAAGGCUUCAAAGCAGUCCAUGGACAGCGAGCAGUGUUGGUCAAUGCUUGAACUUUCUACCAAGCUUUUCCUGGUGGGCGACACAAUGUUCAAGAGGUCUGUUGGCAAAGAAGUCCUGGAAGCCUAUGGCCUUUACCACCGCGAGGUCUUUGAGGAGUUCUUCAACGCCCGCUUCCUCUUAAGCCUCCUCCAAGAGGGCUAUGGGCCUCUCGGGAAAAGGAGCAUUUAUGUGUUAGAUUAUAUCCAUCUCGGGUUGUCCUUUGUCUCAGACGGCACGUCAUCUGAUGACAUUUUCAGCCUGCUGAGGACGGAGGUUCUCCGGAAAGUCUGCGAGAGGCCAGGCCUUAAGCAGUGCGUGAAAAUCUGUAAGCUCUUAACCCAGUACCCUCAGUGUAUUCCCAUGGGCAAACGUCAAGCCCUCUUUUGCCAGCAGCUUAUCCGAUGCAUCGGGCAGUUCUGCACUACAUCGGGAAGAGAAGAGGCUGUCGCGGACUUCUUGGACCACGUGAUCAAAGUCAGUCUCUUGCUGCAGAAAAUCUGGAAGGCUCAGAUGUCCUCCAUUCUCCCAUCCUUGAAAGAACUCUUCACAAUAAUCUCUUCGACAGACGAGCAGGAUCCACCGUCUAUUGCCUUAGCCAGUGUGGUCCAGUACGUCCCGCUAGAACUCAUGGAUGGGAUCCUUAGAAACCUCACCAAUGACGACAGCAUCACAGAUGUGCAGAUGAUGAUGGCAAUUGGCAGGAUGAUUGAAUGGGUCUCUUGGCCUCUGGGGAAGAACAUAGACAAAUGGAUCAUUGCAUUGCUGAAGGGCUUGGCCGCAGUGAAGAAAUUCAGCAUCUUGAUUGAGGUCACGCUUUCCAAAAUUGAGAGGGUGUUUUCCAAGUUGCUAUACCCUAUUCUGCGGGAGGGAGCACUCUCUAUUCUGCGUUACAUGCUGCUGAGCUUCCAACACUCCCAUGAGGCAUUUCACUUGCUUCUCCCACACAUCCCCAGAGUGGUCACAGCCCUCAACAAGGAAAACUCCAACUCUGCCACGAGCUGCCUGGAACAGUUGGCCGAGUUAAUCCACUGUAUGUUCUUCCGCUUCUCGGGAUUCCCAGACCUCUACGAACCUGUUGUGGAGGCGAUAAAAGCUCUUCCGAUUCCAAAUGAAGACCGAAUCAAACAUCUGCUCGGGCAGAAUGCUUGGACCUCCCAGAAGAACGAAUUGGCAAGUUUUUAUCCCCGCCUGGCUUCCAAAUCUGAAACGGGGAAAAUAGGGUUAAUCAACCUGGGGAACACCUGCUACAUGAACAGCAUCAUCCAAGCACUUUUCAUGGCCUCUGACUUCAGGCGUUCGGUGUUGAAUUUAGCUGAGAACAAUUCCCAGCCCUUGAUGACAAAACUCCAGUGGCUGUUUGCCUUUCUAGAGCACAGUCAGCGGCCUGCCAUCUCUCCUGAAAGCUUUUUGUCUGCUUCGUGGCCUCCCUGGUUCACCCGGGGAGCCCAGCAGGACUGUUCUGAAUAUCUCAAGUACCUGCUCGAUCGGCUUCAUGAAGAAGAGAGAACGGGAAGAAGAAUCUACCAGAAGCUGAAAGGGUCCACAGUGAUGUCUCAGGCUGAUCAAGAGCGCUCUACAAACAAGACAUUAGUUGAAAAAAUGUUUGGUGGCAAAAUUAAGACAAGAAUCCGUUGUCUGAAGUGCCUAAAAGUCUCUUCCAGAGAAGAAGCCUUCACAGACCUUUCCUUGGCUUUCCCACCAGCUGAUAAGCAUGUGCCUGUACCUGCCAGCAGGACCUCUGUUUUACCUGUGGAAGAAAUGGGCCCACAGACCUUUCAGCCAAGCAUAGAAGUGCAAAGCAGUGUGUGUGAUUCACCAAGGAGAUUAGCUGAGCCUACUGCGCCAGGAGAAGAUCCCUCCAAAGUGUUGCCGGUUGAAACUUUGGGGCCAGACAUGCCUUUCCCUGUGAGAUCGAGGCAAGAUGGCACUGGUGUGAAACCUGCUGAAGACUCUAUGUUGGCUUUGAGGGGGCAAGUUCACGGUCCCAAGGCCUCCAGGUCUGUCCCCGACUUGAUAAAUUAUUUCUUAUCACCUGAGAUGCUGACAGCAGAGAACCGGUAUCACUGUGAGAAUUGCGCAUCCCUUCAGGAUGCUGAGAAGGUGGCUGAACUAACCGAGGGGCCUCACUACCUCAUUCUUACCCUGCUGAGGUUCUCGUUUGACCUGAGGGCCAUGAGGAGAAAGAAGAUCCUGGAUAACAUCUCUGUCCCGUUGAUGUUGAAGCUGCCGGUCCUGAUGUCCUCAGAGGACCUGAGCGGCACGAAUCCUCCAAAGAGUGCAGGGCGUGCUUCGGCUUGCCAGGCCUUUGCUUCGGUGGUGUACGACCUCUGCAGUGUGGUGGUACAUUCCGGAGUCUCCUCGGAGAGCGGCCAUUACUAUUGCUAUGCCAGGGACUGUGAGGAUGUGACAGCAGAAAGUGACCCAAAGAAUGCUUCUUGGGGCAUCGCCUCGGAGAAACCUCCAGAUGUUGCGAUCCAGUGGUACCUCUUCAAUGACACCAGGGUCUCCUUCUCUUCUUUUGAGUCAGUUAGCAAUGUGACCUCCUUCUUGCCGAAGGACACUGCUUAUCUGCUGUUCUAUAGGCAGAGGAGGAGCCGAUCAAAAGACGUGGGGCGUGGGGCCACUGCAGAGUCCGGCUGGGUGAACGGAGACUUGCACUCUCCAGAUAAAAGCCUGAUGGAAGCCAUUGCAAAGGAUAACAUCCUCUACUUGCAGGAGCAGGAAAAGGAAGCCAGAAGCAGAAGUGCCUACAUCUCAGCCUUGCCCAAAUCCCCUCUGUGGUGGAAAGACUUUGAUGGCGGCGAUGAUGAUGGCUCCUCGGGGGGUUGUGGGCACGAUCCUGGCGGAGGAGGAUCAAGCUCUUUUCACGGACUCGUCUUCUAGCAGUGCCGUUUUUGCCCCAAACUAAAUAGCUAGCGCUAGUGUAACCAUCAAGCAAAAGCUCCUCUGUGCUCAGCAACCCUUUGGCCUUUCCAAAUUCUUAGUAACAGGAGAGCUAGGCCCCCAGCGGGCAAGACAGAGCGCCACAGUGGUUUUAAUGCUCUUGCCCUACCUCUCCAUGGAACUCUGGGAACUGUAGUUUUCUGAGGGGUGGUGGCGAUCAGGGAAUUCCCAGCACCCUCACAGCACUACACUUCCUAGGAUCUGCAGGGGGAAUACUGCUGAACUGGGUUUGAAGUAUACUGAAGUGCCCGCCUACACCUCUCCUUGCAGACGUGUUGGAAAUCCUUAUUGUGAAGCCCCCUUGGGGUGUCCAUGUGUGUGUGUCCGUGUUUGUCUGUAUCUUUUUUCAGUCAGUUCAGGGAGGACCAUGCUGCAAGCUGCACUUAAAUCUACAACUCAAGGAAAUUUCCAGUGACAUAGACGCUUCUUGUUGUGAUGCCUUUUCGGAGCAAAGCGGGGGUGCUAUGGUUUGAAUCUUUGUCCUGAUGGGAGUCCUCAUUGCCAUGGAUAUUUUGAGGGUAGGUAAAGUUGAAAGAAGUGGGAGCUUUUGGGGGAAUAAGGCAAUAUGGAGGCUUAUCUUCAGGAGAAAGGGCAGCACAGUUAACAAGCAGGGUUAGCCUUGGGUAUUUAGGCAUGCCUAGAUUGAAUAUUAGAAUGAUGUUCAUACCCUCUUCCUAUAUACUAGAUCCUGAAGUUCCUGGACUUGCUAGCAGUACCUUUGGCUGGUGGCUCCAUGUCAGUGGGGCUGUGGGAUCCAUUCUACGUUUUAGUCUGAACUUUCAAGGUGCUUCCUUGAAAGUUUGGACUAAAACCCGGAGCAAAUUCCACAAUCCCACUGCCAUGGAGCCACUAGCUAAAACUGCUGCCUCAAGUAUCCAGCCUGACCCUGUGGGACAUGAGGGCCCUGGUAAGACCUCCUCUCCCACCUACCACGGUGCUCAGAAGGGCAAGGCAUGCCUCCCCCGGCUGCAGUAGCAAAGGAGCUGCCCUCUACUCUUGUUGACCUAGACCAGGUGUGGGAAACCUUUGGCCUUCCAGAUGUGACAACUACAGCUCCCAUCAGCUCCAGUAAGCAUGGCUAAUGACCAGGGAUGUUGGGAGUUGUAGUUCAGCCACAUCUGGAGGGCCAAAGGUUCCGACCAGGAAAGCCCCCUGUAUUUUCCAUAAGAGGGAAAACCAACAUUCUUUUUUCAGUGCAACAUUUGAGAUGACAGUCUGGGCUGAGAUUAUUUUCUCUUCUCCCCACUUGCCUUCCCCUAUCAGUAUUUUAGUAGACUGUGGCUCAUGUGGUGUCUCUGAAGUAUAUAAGGGCAGAUGUUGGUAAUUGAUUAUUUAGCUGAUUUUUUUUUAAAAAAAACCCAUGGCUGUAACCCAGAUGUAGAGCUCUUUUGCUCUGCGAACUCCCUGCUAUCAAGCUCUAUUCAUCAGUUGCCCAAAUCCACAGUUACAGGCAGGCUAAUAUUUUCCGUUUCCAUAUAAUGGAAUACACUAAUAUAUACAAAUACAAAAAUUACCUCUCUUUUUUGCCUUGGCAGUACCUCUGUGGCAAUGUUGUUCAUUUUUACUUCCUCCAGCAAAGCCCACAUGUUGACCCUUGAGAGGGAUGGUGGGUAUGGCCAGGCCUGCUGCCACAGGCAGCCAGGUUGGACCCUUGCUAAGUGCCUCUGUGGCCUGGAGGGGCCCCUGCUACAGAUCAUAGAGCGGGAGCUCCCAGGCACCGCCCCCCCCCCAAAAAUACAGGCAGUGUGGGCUUAAAUAAGCCCGUCUGCCCCACUUAUUUAUUUAUUAUUUGAUUUAUAUCCCGCCCUUCCUCCCAGCAGGAGCCCAGGGCAGCAAACAAAAGCACUAAAAACACUUUAAAACAUCAUAAAAACAGACUUUAGAAUGCAUUAAAACAAAACAUCUUUAAAAACUUCUUUCACAUUUUUUUUUCAAAAAAAAGGUUAAACACACACACACACACACAUAUUAAAAAUGUUUAAAAACAUCUUAAAAAGCAAUUCCAACACAGAUGCAGACUGGGAUAAGGUCUCUACUUGAAAGAGGAAGGUCUUCAGUAGGAGCCAAAAAGAUAACAGAGAUGGCGCCUGUCUAAUAUUUAAGGGGAGGGAAUUCCACAGGAUGGUUUGCAUGUCAGUAUGCACACCCUGUGCAUUGCACAUGCAUGCCUGCCAUCACACAAGAUGGUGGCAGGGGCAUUCCUAAGGGAUUGACAUCCCCAAUGCCAUCUUGGGUGAUGGCAAGUGGGCAUGUGCGCAAUGCAUGGGACGUGCGCACCGACAUGGGAGGUAGGUCAGGCGGGUGGGCCUCUUUCAGCCCCACACCGCCUCUAUCGGGGGGGUGCUAGGGCAUAUACCGCUGCGCUCAUGGGGCAGGCUGGUGCCCAAGGGCGUGGUCAUGCCUGGCACCAGCCCUGGGGGUGGCUGUCUGGUAGAGCACCUCCUUGGCGCACAGAAGGAGGAAGGCCAUCACUCCGUGCUAGAACAUCUGCCUUGCAGACAAAAGGUCUCACGUUCAGUUCCUGACAUCUGCAGUUAGGGCUGAGAGAGACCCCUGCCUGAAGCCCUGGAGAGCUGCUGCCUGUACUGAGCUGAAUGGCCCAUUGGUCCGACUCAGUAUCUGGCAGCUUCUUGUGUCCCAACUUCAUUACCUGGCAUCUCCGUUUUUAAAGCAGGGAUGGCUACCCUGUGCCCCUCCAGCUACUGUCAGACUGCACCAGGUGUGGGCAACCUUUGGCCCUCCAGCUAUUGUUGAAUGACAUCUCCCAUCAGCCCCAAUAAGCAUGGCCAGGGAUGAUGGGAGUCCUACAACACUGGGAGGAUUGAAGAUUAGCCACCACGGAUCUAAAGAGUGGGUGGGGGGAUCUUGUUUUUCAGGGCUGCCUUCCAUUGUGGGCAAGUUGGCAAGGGUCACAUGCAGGUUCAUGCAGAGCUGCUCCGUAGCCUGACCAUGGAGCUCAGCGGCUGGAGUGUCUCUUGGCUCCAUGUGCUUCUGUCUCUCAUACUUCUGGGGCUAGAUCACAGCAACAAUGGGAGAGAUGGACAGAGGGGAGAGAGACAGAUGGGGGCAGGGCCAACCAGCAGAGGGCUGCGAAUUGGGUGGAAAGGAAAGACUUUGAUGGCCGGGUCUGGCUUGCGAUUUGCUGGUUCUCCAUUCAUGUUUUAAAAGAUCUCGAGGAGCAAGGAUAGGAAAGAUACUGAAGCCUGGGGCCCUGGUGAGGUGCUGCUAGAUCGAGUAGACCGUGUCUUGGGCUGGAUGGACAAAUGGGCAGGCUGUCUUGGUAUCGGGCAUAAGAAGAGCCCUGUUGGAUCAGGUCAGUGGCCCAUCUAGUCCAGCAUCCUGUUCUCACAGUGGCCAACCAGAUGCCCAUGGGAAGCCUGCAAGCAGGACCUGAGCACAUGCCCCUCCUGCUGUUUCCAUCAACUGAUAUUCGGAAGCAUAUUGCAUCUGACAAUGGUGGCAGACCACAGCCAUCAUGGCUAGCAGCCACUGGUAAAAUGGAAAUGGACUGACUUCAAGUCAAUCCCGACUUAUGGCAACCCUAUGAAUAGGGUUUUCAUGGUAAGCUGUAUUCAGAGGGGGUUUCCCAUUGCCUCCCUCUGAGGCUAGUCCUCCCCAGCUGGCUAUGGCCUGCUCAGCUUGCCACAGCUGCACAAGCCAGCCCCUUCCUUGUCCGCAACUGCCAGCUGGGGGGCAACUGGGCUCCUUGGGACUAUGCAGCUUGCCCUCAGCUGCACAGGUGGCAGGGCACAUAACCCCUGAGCCACUCCCUGUGGGGGUGAUCUUUAGCUGGCCCCUGACACCCAGGAGACACGAGUGGGGAUUUGAACUCACAGACUCUGGACUCCCAGCCAGGCUCUCCUCCCCACUGUGCUAUACCAGCUGUGUAGCCUCCAUGAAUUUGUCUUCAUUGUUGUUAUGUGCCUUCAAGUCGAUUACAACUUAGGGUGACCCUAUGAAUCAGCAACCUCCAAUAGCAUCUGUCAUGGACCACCCUGAAAGCAAUCCAAGUUGGUGGCCAUCACUGCCUCUUGUGGGAGCGAAUUCCAUAGUUUAACUAUGUGCUGCAUGAAGUCCUUUUGUUUGUCCUGAAUCUUCCAACAUUCAGUUCCAUUCAAUGUCCACAAGUUCUGGCGUUAUGAGAAAGGGAGGAAAGCUUUUCUCUAUUCCUUUCUCCAGGCUGUGCAUAAUCUUAGUCGCAGCUUUGUAUAAGAACAUGAAGAAAGCCCUGCUACAUCAGACCAAAAGGCCCAUCGAGUCCAGCAUGCUGUUCCCAUGGGCAUCUGGCUAGCCACUGUGAGAAGCCAGCAAGCAGAACAGCAUUCUCUCCCAUCAGCAAUUCCCAGCAACUGGCAUUCAGAAGCAAACUGCCUCUGUGACGAUGUAGGGAGAACAUGGCCAUCAUGGCUAGCAGCCAUUGAUAGUUUAAUCCUCCUUUUGUCUGUCCUGAAUCUUAGGAUCAUAAAAUCAUAGAGUUGGAAGGGGCCUAUGAGGCCAUCAAGUCCAACCCCUUGCUCAAUGCAGGAAUCUAAGUUAAAGCAUACCUGGCAGGGGGCUGUCCAACUGCCUCUUGAAGGCCUCCAGUGUUGGAGAGCCCACCACCUCCCUAGGUCAUUGGUUCCAUUGUCAUACUGCUCUUAACAGUUAGGACGUUUUUCCAAGAUGUUCGGUUGAAAUCUGUCUUCUUGCAACUUGAGUCCAUUGUUCCGUGUCCUGCACUCUGGGACAAUCGAGAAGAGAUCCCAGCCCUCCUCUGUGUGACAACCUUUCAAGCCCUUGAAGAGUGCUAUCAUAUCUCCCCUCAGUCUUCUCUUCUCCAGGCUGAACAUGCCCAGUUCUUUCAGUCUUUCCUCAUAAGGCUUUGUUUCCAGUCCCCUGAUCAUCCUCGUUGCACUCCUCUGAACCUGUUCCAGUUUGUCUGUAUCCUUAAAGUGUGGUGUCCAGAAGUGGACACACUACUCAAGAUGAGGCCUAACCAGUGCCAAAUAGAGGGGAACCAAUUUGUUCUUGAUAAAUACAUGUUGGUUUCUAGUAAUCACUGCAUUGUUUUCAAGGUGCUUACAGAUUGACCGCUUUAUAAUCUGCUCCAUAAUUUUCCCAGGGAUUGAUAUCAGGCUGACUAGUCUGUAGUUCCCCGGUUCCUUCUUCUUCCCCUUUUUGAAGAUUGGGACAACAUUAGCCCUCCUCCAAUCGUCUGGCACUUCACCCAUCCUCCACAGUUUUACAAAGAUAAUAGACAUAAUAGAUGAAAGAUGAUAAUCUUCCAAUAGUCAGCUUCAUUGACUGGCCCUGGGUUCCAUUGUUAUGAGAGAGAAAAUCUUUGACUUUUCCAAUUUCCCCUUGUUACUUGCCUUUUUUCUAAAGUAAAAGACCCCAGAGGGGAGCUGCUCCAAGCCUUUGAUCAUUUUGGUUGCCAUUUUCUGAAUCUUUUCAAGCUGUACAAUUUUGUUUUGAGUUGUAGCAACCAGAACGGUACAUGGUAUUUACACCCUAGUUUUUUAUAACUGCAUAGGGUACUCAUAGUUUUAUUUACAGUUCCUUUCCCAACGAUCCCUAGCUCAGAAUUUGCCUUUUUCACAGUGCCAUACCUUGGGUCAACUUUUUUAUGGAGUUACUUAUUUAGACAUUCUGUAUACUGCUUAAUUACAGUUGUCUCCAAGUGUUGUACAUGAGACUCAAUACAGUGAUUAAAAAUGAGUUAAAACUAUAAAAUCAGAAUUAAAUUAAAAAGCCUGCUGGAAUUAAAAAAAAAGUCUUCAGUAAGUACCAGAAGUUCAACAGGGAGGAAGCCUGUCUGAGCUCAACUGGAAGGGAGUUCCAUAAAAUUGGGCCCACAAUGUUGGAUGCAUGGCAUGGAAUGAGGCAUGCAUCUGAGCCAUGGAGGACCGCUAACAGUGACUCCCCCAGAGACAUCAGUGAUUGAGCAGGGAUCUAAGAGAUCCUCCCCCUCCUCUUCCCCUUCACCCAGAGAUCCCAGAGCAGGUUAAUACAAUUUUAAAAUACGGCAUUAAAAACAACCUUUGUUGUUAUGUGUCUUCAAGUCGAUUAUGACUUAUGGUAACCCUAUGAAUCAGCGACCUUCAAUAGCAUCUGUCAUGAACCACCCUGUUCAGAUCUUAUAUGUUCAGGUCUGUGGCUUCCUUUAUGGAAUCCAUCCAUCUCUUGUUUGGCCUUCCUUUUUUUCUACUCCCUUCUGUUUUUCCCAGCAUUAUUGUCUUUUCUAGUGAAUCAUGUCUUCUCAUGAUGUGUCCAAAGUAUGAUAACCUCAGUUUCAUUAUUUUAGCUUCUAGUGGUAGUUCUGGUUUAAUUUGUUCUACACCCAAUUAUUUGUCUUUUUCGCAGUACAUGGUAUGUGCAAAGCUCUCCUCCAACACCACACUUCAAAUGAGUUGAUUUCUCUCUUACCUGAUUUUUUCCCUACAAUUACAAAAUAGGUCCUAUAUCAGUUAUCAAAGGCCAGGGUAAAGAGGUGCAUUUUCAGCAUUCCCUGAAAACUGUACAGUGAAGUUGCCAGACUUAGGCGGUCCUGGAGGUAUCCUGGGCCUGAGUUAAGGGCCUUGUCAAUCAAUAUAAGAACCUUGACCCUGGCCUGGCAGUGUAGGCACCCCUUGCAAGCUUUUGAGUACCAGAGUUGUGUGCCAGUUAUAGUCUGUCUCCCUCAACAGUCUAGCCACAGUAUUUUGCACCAGCUGGAGCCUCCAAAUCAGGCUCAAGAGUAGCCCCACACAGAGCACAUUGUAAUAACCGAGACUUAUGUUUGCCCACCACAGUGCCAAGAUCUUUUUCCUGCUCACUUACUCCCACUUCAGGCCCAUUAGUGCAUAUGUGAUGUUAGGAUAUCAUUAUUAUUAUCCUCUAUGUGCACACAUUUUAUGUUUGCUUACACAAGUUUGUUUGCCUACAUUGCUUACAUUUUAAUGCCAAAUGCACAUAUGGCAGGGAGACAUGGCCUCUAUGGGCAGGUGAUUAAUCGUAUUGGCAUAGUAAUGGUUCUAUGUUCUGUAUGUUGAACACUUUGAACACCUAAUGCACUGUGUAAAUGUUUUCAUUAGGGUUAUAAAUAACAAAUCCCUCCCCAGGCUGCCUCUGAUUAGGCUAGUUAAGAAUGUCGAUACAAGAGCGUUGCUUUUAGGCACGUCACAUUUAUUUAACAGCAAUAUUUUUUUUAAAGUAUCUAGGUUAAGCGCAAGAUCAGUUUUACAGGGUAAGUGUGUCAAAAUUGUAUUUUUUUUAAAAAGGAAACUCACAAAGAAUAAAUUAAUAAUUUAAAGGAUUAGCAAUCUUUAGCGACUAGAAAAAUUAAUACCAGCUCAAAUAAUGACACAAGACAGAAACUUGCUGCAUACAUUUUUUUUUUUUAAAAGAGCAUUUUUGUCCAUCUAAAAAAAUUACUUUUAUGAAAUAAAACACCCCAUUUCUCCCCCAAUCACCAAAACAGUCAUUCAUUUCAGGACAUUCACAGCUACAAAACUACAAUGUUUCUUUGAUUCAGCACCCUUAAAGCCUCCUCAUCAAACAGCUUUUGGGACACUAUAAAAUUUACCUAAAUGUUUGCAUUAACAAUAGAAUGUUUCCAUUAUGUAGAACCUUGGUUAUUUGAACCCUGGUUUCUGAAUAGCUGAAUUUGAUGGCUUUCCAUGCGGCUACCAAAUCAAUUUGGCCAUUUCUAAAUAGCCUUUUAUUUAUGCGAAUACCCAGUUAGGUGAAUCCUUUCCAAACUAUAUAGUACAAUUGGGUGGCCAGCAGCCACUGAAUACUAGAGCCCCUCUUCCUGUUGGAAUACAAACCUAUGAUGCAGUGGUGCCAGGUUAGCAAUAUGGAAUCUUCCAAGCAGAUUCUCAAAACACUUAUAUUUAUUACAUUUAUAUACCGCCCCAUAGCUGACAUUCUCUGGGCGGUUUACAGCACUUGGGGGUUUGCUCAGAAUGCUUGAGUAAGUAGGAAGGAUGCCUGCCUCUUCCACCCACCUUUGGCUGCUGUUGCAGUGAAGGCCAAAGAAGCACAAAACUAACUGUCCUGGUUGAGGUAGUAACCACAUUAUGAGCUGAGAGUCUACAUCCUCUUCAUCUUGUCGCAGAGCUUGAUGACCAUUGGCAAAAGUGCUGUCUGGUGAGCCCCCCCCCCCCCGGGGACUUUCUAGUGUGGUGUUGCACCUUGUCAUUGUGGGCAAUUUUAAAUGGUGGGCUUGUUGCAGUUCCCUGCCCCAAGUGCUAGACAUGCCCAUACCUGUGGCAGAGUAAAUGGAGCCCAGCUCAGAGCAGGUAUGAAGGUUGGUGGUCCUGAGCAUGCUGGGCAUUGAUCUUGGGCUACCCUGGGCCUGUCUGUUCAACACACUCCCACCCCCACACCUUUUCCAUGUGCUAUUUGUCUAUAGUGCAUUGGCCACAAAAGGAAUUGUUACGAUGGUGCCUCUCAAAAUUUAAACUCUCAAAUGGUAUGCUGCUCUGGGGCCCACUGAAUUCUCAUACAAAAGGUUGCAUAUGUUGACCAUGGCCCCUUAGGAUAGACCUACUUCCUGUCAAAAUCUGAUUGCAUGGCCAUCAUGUGAUCAUGCACAUAGCAUUUGUUUUGACAGCUGGGGGUGUCAUGUCCAGCUAUGUGGCCUUUGUUUUUGGUCAUGUGACUGACUGCAUGUGGGUCACGUGGUCCCAUUUGACCAGAAGUAGAGCCUUCUUACUUCUUGCAUGUAUAUAGUAAUUCCACCCCAGCACAGUGUGACUUUCCCAUAGCCCUAUGAAUGACAAAUGGAAGAAGGGAAGAAUGGUUGGCAAUAAGAAUGUAAGAAGAGCUUGCUGGAUCAGGCCAAAAGCCCAUCUAGUCAACACUCUGUUCUCACAGGGGACAACUAGAGACGCAUGGGAAGCCCACAAGCAGGACCUGAGCACCACAGCAUUCGGCCUACCCGCACUUUCCAGCAGUUGGUAGUUGGAGGCAUACAACUAAGUCCUACUCUCAGGGUACUAGACCUACUGGAAAUUAAUGAACCUAGGUCAGUCAUGUCUAAUAAUUUCAGUGGGUCUACUGUGAGUAGGACUAGCACUGAAUACCACCCUUAUUGUAUUAGAGUGAGUUUGGCAGCAGGGUGAGAAGGCCAGGGUACCUCACUCUGCCCGUCUGUUCCCUGAUUUAAAGAAAACCUAAGCUUUUAAUAUAUUAACUACACAAACAAUCAUGCAGGUAGGAAGCCAGCUGGGCUAUGGGGGCUUUCCAGUGUUUUGCACUGUCUGUAACAUGUAUGACUGUCUGCCUGUUGGACAGAAGUUGUGAGUGUACAAUGAGCUUCUGCUUCUUCUGGAACAGGUUUGUUUCCUUGAAGCCAAGAUGGCUGACCUCAGAAGCUGAGGGAGGCAGAGAGGGUUGUCGAAGAGGCCUUCAGGGACAUUACAGCUGUAUCCCAUUCCCAGGAUGAUUGCUGUCCCGCUAUCAUGGAGAAUGAGGGCCUUUGGGUAGGACAGCGUCUAUCUGAGGGAAACAAUUCCUUAGAACGGACCCAUUCCUUGGGGGACUACCAGCUAUCCUCUUCAUGGCAAGGAUACUUCUUCGGGGUGGUGGUGGUGGAAGGAUCCUAGUUGUGGGUGAUUCAAUAAUUUGGAACAUUGAUAAUGGGGUGUGUGAUUGGCGUACAGACUGCAGGAUGAUUUGUCUGCCUGGUGUGAAGGUUGGGAAUGUUGUCCGUCAUCUAGAUAGCUUGCUAGAUAGUGUUGGGGAGGAGUCAGUGGUUGUGGUGAAUGUUGGUACCAAUGACAUAGGGAAAUGCAGUCGUGAAGUCCUGGAAGCAUGCUGAAAGCCAGGACCUCCAAAGUAUCUUUCUCUUAAAUGCUACUGGUUCCACGUGCAGGACCAGUUAGACAGACACAGCUUUGUAGUCUGAAUGCGUGGAUGAGACGAUGGGGUUUGGAGAAGGGGGCUUGGAUCUGUUAGGCACUGAGGAACAUUUUGGGACAAGCCAGGCCUGUACAGAAGGGACGGACUCUACUUGAACCCGGAUGGAACCAGACUGAUGGCAAAAUCAAAAAGGUGGCAGAGCAGCUUUUAAACUAGUUGUGGGGGGAAAGCGGACACUAAUUGUGGGGGGAAAGCGGACAGGAGAUGAGGAGGGUCCAGUUCAGGACAAAUUGAUGAAAAUAUAAAUGGGGCAAGCCUAGAACUAGGUGUUUAUUUAUUAUUUGAUUUAUAUCCCGCCCUUCCUCCCAGCAGGAGCUCAGGGUUGUGAGUGCAGGGGCACAGGAUAGCAAUUCAGAGGCCAAAGUAACACGGGCCAAACCAAAAGUGCCAAAGACACUUGAAGAGAGACACUGCAUAUACAGGCAGGCCCCACUUAUAUGGCAGGUUCCGUUCCGAACUGCCGCCGUAAAGCGGAAAUCACCAUAAAGCGAACCCCAUUGAAAAUAAUGGGGCGCGUUGCGCGAAAAUGUCACAAAAGCGUAAAAACGGCCCUAAAACAGGGAAUUUCCACUCAUUGAAAGCCGCUGCAUCAGUGGAACGCCGGAAAACGGAACGCCGGUAAGCAGGAUGUAUUGGAGGUGGUGUCACUCUUUAUGUGAAAGAGGGCACUGAAUCCAGAAAACUAGAACCCCUGAAAGAGGCAGAUUCCUCCACAGAAUCGUCGUAGGUGGUGGUACUGGACCCCAAGAGUAAUUUAGUACUGGGGAUGGUCUAUCGUUUCCCCUGAUCAAAAUGCUUAGGAAGCUCUUGAGAUGAAAAAUGAAAUUGAGGAAGCAUCCAAACUAGGAAAUGUUGUAGUCAUGGGUGGCUUCAACUACCUUGACACAGACUGGCUACAUAUGUGUCCCAGUCAUGACAAAGAGGUAAAAUGUCUAGAUACCUUAAAUGACUGUGCCCUAGAACAGUUGGUCAUGGAACCAAACAAAGGGAUGGCAACCUUGGACUUGAGGGGCAUCCAGUAUCUGGUGCGAGAGGUAAGUGUUGUUGAAUCAAUUGGGAGCAGUGAUCAUAGCGUUAUUAAACACACAUGGAAACAGCCAAUUACCAAGAAAAUCCAACAUGGUCACAUUUGACUUCAAUAGAGGAAACUUCCCCAAAAUGAGGGGAUUGGUAAAAAGAAAGGCAAAGUCAAGAUGUAAUCUCUCCAAAUGCUUAGGAGUUGUUUAAAAUCACAAUAUUAGAAGCUCAACUGGAGUAUAUACUACCAGAGCCAAGAGGAUGCUGGUAUAGUUCAAAGAAGCUAUUAGAGGCAAGAAGUCUUCCUUCAAAAAACAGAAGUCUUGACUGAAUGAGGUGAAUGAAAAGAGACACCAACUCUGGCAAAAGAAGUGCAAGAAGACAAUAAGGGAUGCUAAAAAAAGAAUUUGAGCACAUUGCUAAAAACAUAAAAGCCAACAACAAAAAGUCUUUAAAUACAUUCAAAGCAGGAGACUGUCUAUGGAGGCAGUUGGAUCUUGGAUGACAAGAGAGUCAAAGAUGUGUUAAAGCAGGAUGAGAAGAUUGCAGAGAAGCUAAAAAAAUUCUUUGCAUCUGUCUUCACAGCAGAAGAUAUAAGGCUGAUCCCUGUGCUUGUACUAACUUUUGCAGGAAGGGAGUCUGAGGAACUGAGGCAAAUAGUGGUGAUGAGAGGUGAAGUUCUAGGCUUAACAGACAAAAUAAAAACUGACAAAUUGCCAAGUCUGGAUGGCAUCUACUCAAGAGUUCUCAAAGAAUUCAAAUGUGAAAUUGCUGAUGUUCUAACAAUAUGUAAGCUGUCUCUCAGAUCCACCCCCAUACUUAAGGACUGAAAAGUGGCCAAUGUAACACCAAUUUGAUCCCAGAAAUGACAGGUCACAUAGCUUAACGUCUGCCCCAGGAAAACCAGUAGAAAGUAUUGUUAAAGAUAAAAUAACCAAGCAUAUAGAAGAACAAGCCUUGCUGAAGCAGAAUCAGCAUGGCUUCUGCAACGGUAAGUCCUCCCUCAUUAACCUAUUGCAGUUGAGAGUAUCGACAGAUAGAGGUGAUCCAGUGGACAUAGUGCACUUGUACUUUCAAAAUGCUUUUGACAAGGUACCUCACCAAAAACUCCUGAGUAAGCUCAGCCAUCAUGGAAUAAGAGGAGAGGCCUCUUGUGGAUCAGAAACUGGCUAGGAAACAGACAGCACAGAGUAGGAAUAAAUGAACAGUUCUCCCAAUGGAGGCAUGUAGAAAGUGGAGUCCCCCCAAGGAUGUUUUUUAACUUGUUCAUAAAUGCUCUAGAGUCAGGGGUGAGCAGUGAGGUGGCCAAGUUUGCUGAUGAUACUAAAUUGUUCAGGGUUUUUAAAAGAAAAAGGGAUUGUGAAGAACUCCAAAAAAACCUCCCCAAACUGAAUGGGCAAUAAAAUGGCAAAUGCAAUUCAAUGUAAAUAACUGUUCUUAUGUAUAUUGGAACAAAAAAAAAAUUAAUUUCACAUAUACACUCAUGGGGUCUGAAGUGGCAGUGACUGACCAGGAACGAGAUCUUGGGGUUGUAGUGUAUAGCUCAAUAAAGAUGUCAGCCCAGUGUGUGGCAGCUGUGAAAAAUGCAAGUUUGAUGCUAGGGAUCAUUUGGAAAGGUACUGAAAAUAAAACUGGUGAUAUCAUAAUGCAAUUAUAUAAAUGUAUGUUGCGGCUGCAUUUGG